GAUUGAGUCAUUGUUGUACCCGUAUGUACACAUAUUUAGAUGAAUGCCAAUUUCAUUAUCGGAUAAUAAGAUGGCGGAUAUUUUAUAUGUUUUAACGCUUGCGUUUGUACUCCCAUUUGUGACCGCAGGUGACAGAUGUAACAUGUACUCUAGCACCUACGAAUACUGCCCGUAUGGAUGCUGUACGGACUAUUACCAUUCCGGCUAUGAAGAAUGUUGUGACAGCUAUAGUGACCCAUACUCGGUUGCUCCUAUCGGACCCAUCAUCGGCAUUGUGGUCGGCUGUGUUAUUCUGGUCGGCAUCGUUAUCAGUAUUAUCGUCUGCUGUGUCUGCUGUAUGCAAAAGUCACGUGGACAGCAAGGACAAACCUUCACUACGGCAGCUAGCGGUCCUUACAUCAUGAACCAGAUGUCAUACGGGGCUCAGAUGGGACAGACACCUUACGGCCAGCAGCAAUACCCAGCUCAGCCGCCCCUUCAAACCGGACAUAUGACCCCGGGAACUUCCGUUUUCAACAACUCGGGAAUGCAGGGCCCACCGUCAUAUGAAACAGUCGUCGACAAUUAGAAUAAACUGUUAAUAACGUUAAAGCAUUCCAAAUCGUUAACUUUUUAAUUUUUUUUUUUAUUGUUACAGAAGUGAGAACAUCUUCCUUACGAGAUUUCACCUAGCAAUAUUUACCCCUCAACUUCCAUUCCUUAAAUAAACUGCUUUUCGGCAAUGGCGUUUAUCAAUCAAUGAACGCAACAUCUUCGGAUAUGUUCGGAUCGCAAUUCAACGCAUAACAAUAUAAAUGACAAUUUUUUAUCUUGUCAUUGUUUGUAUUGUGUCAGCAGGUGCCGUAAAAUAUCAAUAAACAUUUUUGGAAAGUGUUAAAUAA